GCAAAAGCGCGUUCGAGCAGCGAUCACUCAGAAAAGAAUGUUGUUGGCUGGGCGUUUCUGACUCCUGUGAAAGUGCACAGAAUUGAGAUUUAUUGCACGGGCAUUUGGAGAAACUUCAAAAUUAGUUAGAUCCCAAUGAAACAUUUUUUAUAACCCCAGAUUUAGAACAUAUGCGGUAAAGUCCAAUCAUUAGAGAAAAGCGAGCACUUCCGCGCUGCAGUGAAAAUGUCACCCAACAAUGCCAACAUGUCGUCUUCCAAGCCACCGGCGAAAGACAGUCUCGACAGCGCAGCGCGUUCGUCCGUCGCUGGGUCUGAAGUGUCGACCGUGCUUGACUUCAAGUCCGACACACAGCAUUCUAAUACAAGCGUUAAUAAUGAAUCUAAUGGUUCAAUAAUCAACGGCUUCCGUGGGGGUGUCUCAGCCUCCAAUGAAAUUGAUUUGUGUAAUAAAUAUGAGGUGACCGGUGCCAAUAAAAAUAUUUCGUUUCAGGGUUGCAGUUUGGACAGUGAAGUUGUGUUGGCAACAUCAGAUGAAAAUGAUGAUUUUAGUACCGAAAUGAAUUUUGAUAUUAACAUUGAUGGGGAUUAUGGAAUUGAUGAGAGAACUCUGCUUGAUCGAAACUCUUCUUCGGUCUCUUUCUCUGAUAAAAAUUUGAAUCAUAUGGAACAAUCAAAUGAUUGUACACUAAAAAAUAGUUUUACAGACGAUGGCGUGCCAAAGAAGAUUGUUGAUUCUAGCUUAACAACUUUACCAAUGUCUCUAGAUGAAGUUGCUAUGGAUGUUAGACUGUUGGACCACGAACAAAAAAGUUCAUACCAGAACCAAUUGUCGGACGCAUCCGAUGGAUAUUAUAACUUAAAUGAAAAUUUUGCGAAUGAUGUUCUAUGCUCUGCAGAUGAAGACAGCAAAGGAAACAGCUGUCGGACACUGCAGCAUAAGGCGAGCUCUAAUAGCCGCUUACUCAACAAUGUUGAUGGCCCCUCUGCUUCACGUCCGCCUGUUGAGCCUCAAAACUUUGAAAAUAAUUUCUCAACUCUCGAUGGGAAUGACUGCGCCGAACGCUUGAACAACUCCAAGAUAUUAUUGCCGGUGAAAGAACACACUCUUAACUCUGCUCGAUCCAGAAUUGAUUCCAAGACUGAAAGUUCUUGUAGUGUAAAUUCUUUACAAAAUAAAUUGCUCCCUUCGCUUGACGUGAAAGAAAAAGAAAGAUUUUCCUCACAGGAAUUAACCAACCAUUCGAGUUCCAUCUCAUCAAAUAACACGAAUAUAUCGACACCCAUCUUCUCUGGUGAGGGACGCCCUUUAAUUCGAGCACAUCAAGAUCAGUCACCUUAUUGCUCCAGAGAGCUUAGUUCAGAUUUAGUGUUUUCCGCUAAAAUAGAUCAGAAUCAAGUGCCAAGAGUUGCGUCUGUUAGUGAAGGGGUAGAUGUAGUAGAAGAAAUUUCCAGCAGAGUCCGCAAAAGAAGUCGAAGACGUACAUCCUCUUCCGCGCUCAGAAGCUGUUGGUCAAAUAAGAUGAACUUUUGUACUUCCGCUCUAAGACGGUUUUCGAGAUGGUGUAGUAGCGGUGGACAGUCCUCAAAUGAUGAUUCGAAAGAGUCACAUCAAAGUACUGCUGUUAAUACUCUUUCUAGUAGUCUAUACAGGAACGUGACUGCUGCUCGAGGUUCAACUGACGUAGCGGACGAUCAGUUGUGCUUUCAUAAUAAGGAAACUCCUCUUAAUCGUUGCAUGGUAGCACAUAAUGAGUGCAGAGCUAAUGCGCCUGCUGAAAGUCCUGCACUAUCUAUCAAGUCAUUCAAAGGUGCAGUGCAUGCGGCUGCAUCUUUAGCUACUAAAGGUGCGAAAAUAAGUCCUGUCGACGAUACAGGCUAUGGUGCCAGAAAUGACAGUACUGCAUUCUCCUCGUCUCUUGGUGGUGGCAGCAGUAGAAAAAAAUCGAAUCCCUCAUCUUCCAAGAGUUUACCUGGUGCAAAGAAGGAAUCUAUUUCUGACUCGAAGUUAGAUUUCUCUUCGGUUUCAAAGGAAACUGAUUUAGAAUCAGUUGACAGACCUAGCAGUUCUUUUACUAGCAGCAAGGCUGAUGUUGAUCUCACAGAAGCGCCUGUAGCCUCGAAGGCGGCAAUUUCGAAAAGUAAAAAAAGCAGUAAAAGCCUAAAUGAUGACGACUCGCUAGGGUUAUCUGAAGACUCUAAUGGCAGAGGAACCGUUGAUUGCAUAGCCCCUGUGAGCUCCAUGAGAGGAGACCACAUGAAGCGUGUGCGCUCCCGGCGUCUCAUGAAGGAGUUUCAAGAGCUCACUAAGAUCUCACAGUCCACACCAAACCCGGUCUUCUCUGUUGCUCUUGUCAACGAUUGUCUUUUUGAAUGGAAGGUAAAACUGCAUCGCAUCGAUCAAGAUUCAUUUCUUCACCGGGACAUGGUCGCUUGUGGAGUGCCAUUCAUACUCUUCAGCAUGACGUUCCCGGACAACUUCCCGUUCCAACCGCCCUUCCUUAGAGUACUCUCGCCGAGGGUCGAAAAAGGCUUCGUGAUGGAGGGCGGCGCCAUUUGCAUGGAGCUGCUGACGCCGCGCGGCUGGGCGUCGGCCUACACCAUCGAGGCCAUCAUCAUGCAGCUCGCCGCCAGCCUCGUCAAGGGCCAUGCUCGUAUAUCCCGCAAACCUCUGAAGGACUUCAACCAGAAAGCGGCAGAAGCGAGCUUCCGAUCGCUUGUUCGGACCCACGAAAAAUAUGGCUGGGUCACUCCUCCUCUGGCGGACGGAUAACGUGCUGGCCAUGUCGGGAAAAUGGGUCGCCACGGGGUGAACUGGGGUGCAUUGUGGUGAACUGGAGUGCCACGCGGUGAACUGGAAUGCCACGCGGUGAACUGGAAUGCCACGCGGUGAACUGGGGUGCAUCGCGGUGUACUGGGGUGCAUCGCGGUGUACUGGGGUGCAUCGCGGUGUACUGGGGUGCAUCGCGGUGAACUGGGGUGCAUCGCGGUGA